AUGCCUAACAGCCAGCCGAAAAUCCUACCGUCGUCCUCCAAAAUUUCUCAAAUAAUAAUCAUAGAAAUAGGAAUAGAAACAGGAAUAGAAAUUGACAAGACAGUUACGGAUAGUUUAAAUUUGGUAUUGCUUAAAAAGAAGUACAGCUCUAGCAAUAUCCACAGUAUACAUUUUAAUAAGCUCAAGACCAAUCUACAAAGGAAAAGAAUUAUUCAUUUUAUCACUGAUUUCAAUCAAAGAGAACUCCAGAUUAAACGUUUUGGCACAAAAGUUUUAAAGCAGACUCUUGAAGUAUCUUGUCCAGAUACUCGGCAAACCAAUAUUAAAAUCCGAAACAAUGUUAGAGGUGCCCUUAUUUUUUUUACAAAGCGGUUUUUCAAGACAUUCUUGGCAUACUCGAUAAAGUUCAGAUCAUAG